CGUGCGCAGCUCUAAAGUUCGCCCCUCUCAGUCUCAGAUAAGGAAGUGGUACUAGCGGUGGUAUGUCGGCUAAGAUGUCGUCGUGGUGGAGUCUUGCUGUUGUCGUCUGCGUUUUUCUGACGUCGUCGAACGUCGCCGACGCAAAGCCGAUCGUCGUUGUCGAAGAGAUUCUUUCCCCUGACGUUCAAGAAGACGUGUUCCCGCCAGCUUACGUCGACACCGCCGCAAAAGACGACGGCAACGCCAGGAAAGCGUUGCUAGACAAGCCGCAGGGAAUCGACAACACCAUCCUCUCGCCUGGCCAAGACCGGUCCUGGGAGGACCCCAACAGAAUCGGCGCUGGAAAGGAGGAUUCCUGGGAGGAUUUUAACAGCCUCGGCGGAGGGUUCGACGUCGGGAACGAGCUGUACCCACCGUCCCAGUUUGAAGAUGACGAUGACAGCGACGUUUUUGGAGGACAGUUAGCGGAACAAACGACGCCCCCUCCCCCGCCGCCGCCUGUUCGUCCGCACCUCUCGCUACUGACCCUAGCAGAGAAGAUCAAGAAGCUGGAGCGGCGUAUGACCGCACGGAGAGCCGACAUCUCCAGGCAGGUGGACAAGGAGUCCCGCAGGAGGAAGGAGCUGGAACUCGUCAUCAGAAGACAGGGUAAGCUGAUCCGCGAGCUCCGUGUGAAGAACAAGUUUCUGCGAGACAUGGUGCAGAACCAGGAGGACAUCCUGGAGGAUCUGCGGGAGGAGGAGGAGCAGGAGGCAGAGGCGGUGGCCAGGAACCCCACACCCAGCUCCCGGUUUAACAGGGCUGCCUGGCGGAGGAACUGA